UCUCUCUCUCUCUCUCUCUGCCCCCCCUCCGGCGCCGAUCGCCAUGGCCGUGCGCUUCAAGUUCCGGAGCUCCGCCGCCUCCGACACGGUGGACCUCGGCGGCGCCGCCUCCAUCUCCGUCCGCGACCUCCGCUCCCAGAUCCUCCGCCUCACCAACCCCCGCCUCUCCCGCGACUUCGAUCUCCUCAUCUCCGAUCCUCUCUCCAAUCGCCCUUAUGAUGAUGAGGAACUUCAAAUUCCGGCUGGAUCGGAGGUUAUAAUCAAAAGAGUACCCACAGGCCGAUCUGCGUCUUCAAAUGUUGAUCUUGUUGAAGGACAUGAGUUGUCACCUUCGGAGAAAAUUGAUGUGGACAAAUUUGAUGAUUUUCGCAAUGAUUUGAACCCUCUUUGUGAGGCAUUAUUACCACAGACACAUGCUGAUAUUGUCAGUUCAGAUUCCAAUUCUGAUGAAAAGAUUGCUGCAGAUCCAAGAUGCUCUGAGAUUUCUAUCUCAAGACAUCAAAACAUCAAAGGAAGUGAUCUAGGUGAGGCUCAGUCAAAAGAAAUUGUUGGAGGUAAUUGUAGUAAUUUAUCCAAUAUGGAAGAAGAUAAGAUGGAAACCCAAAUGACGUCUAAAAUCGAAGAACACAAGACGCUGGAUGAAGGGAUUGCUAAGUGCUCUGCAAUAAUGCUGAACAUUGAUCCGCCAAUGGAAUUGAGAUGCUCCCUUUGUAGCACAAUAUACAAGGAGGCUGUGAUGAUUCCGUGUUGCCAACAUAGCUUUUGCGACAAAUGUAUUCGUUGUUCACUGGUUGAGAUAAGAAAGUGUCCUAAGUGUUCCUCCACAAAAUGUACAGUCGAGGACUUGUUACCAAAUUUAUCACUGCGGCAGGCAAUUGAACACUUCCUUGAGGCACAAAAAGCAAUUGAUGGCUCAGAAAACUUAAUGCCCAAGUAUGCACCAGAUGGAGAAUCUGGAAUUCAAGCGAAAGAGCCAUCAUAUGCUGUUUCAAUUCGGCAGCAAGAACUACAAGUUCCUUAUUCUCCUGCUGCCACAGGGAAAGGAUCCAAUCAAAUUGUCGCAGUAUCUAUACCUGAGAAGAAACGAGCUGUUGGAAUUAGUAUUCGUUUAGGUGCAGAUAAAUCUGUUAAUGCCAACCAAAUAAAUCUUGGAACAAUGCAUGACGAAAAUAGCCAAGCAGACAAGUGUAAGCAGAUGGCUGGUUUUCAAGAAAGGGGUAAUUCUGCAAAAUUGCCUCAAAAUCUUCCUCAUAAGGUGGAAGCUAAUUUCCCUAUCCAUCAAAGAAAGGGACUUGGCAUAAAUGCUCCAGAUGGAAGUGGAGCAAUAGUGCCGCCCAUCAAGCCUAGGAAGGGUGAGCGAAAUUGCUACAUGUGUGGCUCCCCAGACCACUUGAUUAGAGACUGCCCAGUUGCCUCUAAUACAUACCCAGGAGAUGUAGCAUUUCCUGGACAAAUUUCUGCUUAUGGGCCUCCUUUUUGGUGCGGAUCUCCAUUUCCGAAUUUUCAGCCAUAUGCAAGUAUGUAUGCCCCACCUGGGAUAAUGCCCUAUGAUUCUAGAGUCCUCCCAGGAGCACAUGCAGCUCUACCUUCAUAUAUGCCACCACUAUACGGUGGCAUGUCAGCACCCUAUAGUUUCAUGAGAACGGGAGGUUUCCCAUAUCCCGUGUUUGAUGGAUCAAGCGGCCCUUUUACUCAUGCUGACUUCAGGGAUCCUCAUGGUGGUGAGCAGCAUCACAAAAUUCGGAAUGAAGGCACAGAGAGAGAGUUUGAUUAUGAUGACCGAUCAGAGGAUUAUCAUCCUGGUGAGAUUCGGAGAGAAACUUAUGAGCAGAAACAUCAAUCAGGAAAGCAAGCUUCUAAAACCUUCUCUGAUGAUGAUAAGCAAAGAGUACUCAAGAAGCACCAACAAGAUGAAUACUAUAGUCCCGCUCACCAGAAAUCAUAUAAUACAUCAGAUGAAGAUAUUCAUGGUUCAAUUGAUAAAAAACAUGGGAAUCAUUCAUACCCUUCAACUUCUGGUAGAGAUCGAAGAUCUUAUUGCUCUGAGAAAUCUAUUUCCGAAGUGCACAACUCAUCUGAAUACUCCACUAAACAUGGUAGAGAGAGAAGCAAGCACCACAAUCGAAGUGGUUCAAAGAAGCACGGGGAGAAUAAAGGAAAAGGUGAAAGUGGUUUUAGCAAAAAAAGUCAUCGCAGGAGUGAGAAAGAGAGAACAGAUCACAAAAAGCAGAGGCAUAAGUAUCGUAAUCAUUCUGAUUCUCUAGAUGAGACUGAUUUUUCAAAGGACCAUGGAAAAACAUCCGAGGAGAAAGAGGUGAAGGAAAGUUCGACAGGUGAAUGGUUUGAGAAUGACAGAUGGGAGAUGGCUGAUGGUGGUCUUGAAGAUGAUUACGGAGAAGAAUACUAUCGCAAACGCAAACGAACCCGCUAAAGUUUGGAAAUCACAGUUUGGUACAGCAAAUGCAGCAAUAUAUCCUCACAGGUAAGUGUACAUACAUUCUGGAACAACUAUCUGGUAACAUAUAUUAUUUUGCUAUAUUUCUAAUCUCACAUACAUGAAAUUUAAACUCGUUAGGUUUAUGUUUUAUAAUUUUCUAUUUGCUCGUCUGUUAUAGAGGAUUUAACUAUAUCUUGUUACACCCUGAUGUUUUUCUUCUAUAAAACACGACUACUGUUUACUUGACUAAAUUAAAUGGAAAAUGGUUUCUUGUUGCUUCAA